GUCACAUGUCAGUUAGUAAAUACCAUGAUCUUGCUAGUGCAAAUUUCGCAAGUGUUUUCUAAUUUUUUAACGCCGAGGGCUGAACAAGCCCAUUGUUUGUAAAAUACCGAAUUCUUUCAAGGACAACCUUAAGUAGUGAAUUGAGGGAAGCAAUAACGAAGAAACUCAAUUGAUUCGAUAGACAAUUGACUAAAUAAUGUUAUUAAUCUUGAGUGUGUUUGUAGCGGCGGUUAUAUUCUAGUGACUACGGUUAUAUUUAUAAAAUGGAAGAUGAAAUGAAACAAUUAAAGUCCCUGUUGCGGUCUCUAGUGGUAUCGAGCCCAACACAAAUGGAUGUGUGCAGUUUGCUUCGUGACUACCGCAACAUGGUUGGCGAGCCUGUUCCAAUCGCUAAGUUUGGUCACAAGGACCCAGUCGCAUUUUUACGAGAACGUUGCAACGAUUCCUUUCUGUUUACAGGUCCGCCAUCAAAUCCAGUACUCACUCUGAUUGUGCCAGAGACAUUAAAACACAUUGAUCAGUUUGUACAGAGACAAAAAGUACCAUCCACUUCGAAAUUUAAAUCAAAAAGAAGAAGUGUGCCAGAAGCUACAGUAGCCAGACCAACAAAGAAUAAUGUAUUUGAAUCAUUCGGGUCGAGAUCCACCCCCGCGCCCGCGCCCGCGCCCGCGUCGCAGCAGUCGGCGCCGCGCGCGCGCCCCGCACGGGGCAGCACGGAACCUGCCGCCGCUGGUCCCAACACUACGGUGACCAGUAAUGACGUCCAGAAUUUCUUGAAGAAGCGCAUACCGCUAUACAACGAUCUAUAUACUAUCGAAGACGUUAAAGAUGGAGCCGUAUCACUCGCCCUCGACAAUGAUGAACUAGAUUCUGGGAGACAUACUUCGUCUAGCAGCGCCAGUACGAAGGCUCGUCAGUUCGAGGAGCUCAAGUCCGAGAUAAUGGAGCUGAUCUCUGCGGCGCCCGGCGGCGUCUGGUGCACGGACCUCAUCCGACUCUACAGGGAGCGCUUCGAGCGCGAGCUGAACUUCAAGCGGUUCGGGUACAACAGCAUCCUCAGCGUGGCGUGCGCGCUGGAGCCCGCCCUCAGCAUCGCGCGCCCCGACCCCACCGGCGACUGGCUGCUGCCGCGCGCGCCCGCCGCGCCCGCGCCCGCGCCCGACCCCGACGACGCCUUGCCGGGCAUCGACUUUGACCCGGACGUGUUCCCGGAGGACUGCGUGAGCUACUCGGAGAGCAUCCCGGCGCUGCCGCUACACGACUGCGUGCCCGGCGCCAUGCUCGAGGUCAUCGUGGGCGAGGUCUACUCGCCCUCGCACUUCUGGCUCAUCCGCCUCGGCCAGCAGUACAACAUCGCCAUGGAGGACAUGAUGGACGACAUGACGCGGUACUACAACGGCGCGGGCGCGGCGCGGGCGCUGGCGCGGGGCGCCGUGCGCGUCGGCCACUACUGCAGCUCGCUCUACGAGAACGACUGGCAUCGCUCGCUCAUCGUCAAGAUCCUCGACAGCGACACCGUCAAGGUGCGGCACGUGGACUACGGCACGGUGGACACGGUGCGCGUGGCGGCGCUGCGGCCGCUGCGGCGCUGCUGGGCCGCGCUGCCGGCGCAGGCCGUCAUUUAACGGGCGGCGUGUGGCAGGUGCGCGGGCCGGCGCUGGCCGCCGCCCGCCGCGCUGCACUUCCUGCGCCUGGUGCAGGACACGCGCUUCGUGGCCAACGUCGUGGCGCGGGACCUGCAGGUACGCUCCCACUGGACCAGGACACAUCACCGUGUUGCAAACGACGAUGCAGUGUACAGCAGUAACCCUGAAUUGAUUAAAAUACUGUAUAUGUGGCGAGGUACACACAGUACAUCCCGAAUUCAAUAAUUGUUAAGUCAUAGUGAUGUAACGUGUCAUAAUUUUGACGACGAUAUUCACGAAUGCGAAUUGCUUUAGAGUAUAUGGCUUUAUCUUAAACAAGCCCGAGCAACCUCAUUUUUGAGCGCCAUUUCAUAGUAUUCGGAAUCAAGGUUUAAAAUUUCAAGUUUUUUGGAGCUUAUAGAAAAAUAGCAAAUCGUUCAAAUGAAAAUUAAUCAGAAAUAUUGAAAAAGAAAUAGAAAAACUUAAAUACCAAUAUUAUAUCAUGCAAUAAAAAAUGGAGUGACAUCGGUCCAUUGAUUAGGUUCACAGAUUACUGCAAAAACAUCAUAAUACACUAGUUUGUACCUCUAUAAAUCGUUAUUCUUAGAACAGCUAUAUCUCAAAAACGGCUAAUCCUAGAAAAAUAAUUGUAGACAAUUUUCAGACCUUCAGUUUUGCUUUCGUACGAUAAAACUUAUCAAUUUUGAGAAAAAAUAAUCUUAUUUUUUUUAGUUUUGACCAAAAUCACUAAUGAAACGAACUCAUGAGAUCUAUGGAGACUUGAAAUUUUAUUAAAAAAUAAAAGGUAUCCUAUGUGUUAUUCUAACUAGAGCAUCUAUCCAUUUUCCA